AUGAAUUUCCCUCAACCUAAGGUCACGUCGCUGCCUCCGAAUAUAGACCUCCAUGGCAAAACGGCUUUGAUCACCGGCGCUACUGCAGGUAUCGGCUUAGAGACCGCCCGCCAGCUACUCAAGCUGCAUGUCUCUCACCUCGUUCUCGCGGUGAGAAACGUCUCGAAAGGCGAAUAUUGCAAACGGGAGCUUCAGCGACUUAACAUCCACGCAAAGAUCACCGUGUUAGAUCUUGACAUGGACAGCUAUAAGAGUGUGCAAAGUUUCGCUAAAGUGUUGCAGCUCGAAGUGCCUUCGGUCAAUAUCCUCUUCCUCAACGCGGGUAUUGGACUUCUCAAGCUCGAACGAAGCCCAAGUGGCCACGAACGCGUCACCCAAGUGAAUUAUCUUUCAAAUGCCCUCCUGGUUGCCGAACUAUUGCCAUACCUCGAGGCAAGCGCGGAGAAGAUUGGCCAACCGUCCCGCAUCACUUGGGUGGGUAGCAGAAUGUACUUUACCACAUCUCUCGAGAAAAAGGCGCCCUUGAAGGCCGGCGAAUUGGUGCUUGAGCAUGUGGACUCGAAGGAAUUUUUCUUUCCAAAUGAGAGAUACAAUGACAGCAAGCUUCUGUGUGCCAUGUUCAUGUACAGCCUCGCUCCGCGACUCGACAAAUCCAAGGUGGUCUUGAAUAUGGUUUGUCCAGGCUUGGUCAACACCAACAUGACCGAUGUUCUGCCGCUCUAUAUGCGUAUGGUCAUGGGUGUCGUGAAGACCCUGUUCGCACGGCCCGUAGAGGUCGGCGGGCAGCUCUUUGUCAAUGCGGCCGUCGUAGCAGGGCCAGAAUCACAUGGAGGAUUCCUCGGAGACAAGGAGAUCAUUGAGCCAUCUCCGUAUCUUCUGUCGCCUGCGGGGCAAGCCGUGCAGAAGAAGCUGUGGGCGGAAACUAUCGAGGAAUUGGGAACAUUGACCAGACUCCCGAAUGAGUUCUCUUAG